UCUCAAAUAUUUUCAAAACAUAUUUUUGUUUCCAAACUGGCAAACAAGGAUCAAAAUGAUCAAAUUAGAAAUGAAUAUAUAGUUGUCAUUCAUCCUACUAAUAAAGUAUAUUUUGGUCAACCUGAUCUUUUAAAUCUAUUUAGAGGGAAAGAGUUUAAAAUGAACUAUCUAAGAGAUUUGUUUCCCUCUAAAAUGAAACAUGACCCGGAGACACGUACGUACAUGAAUGUCUUUUUACUGGGCCUUUUUAAUAAAACCGGCCCAUUAUAUCACUCCUUAGUCCUCUCCUAUUACUUCAUCUUCUUCCCGUUGUCAAUUUACUAUUUAUACAGAGGACUCUUCGUUUAGGUUUUUUGUCUUCUGCUUGUGGCGGGAAAAAAACAAAGCAUCGGCGGAAAUGGCGAGAGACGACGAGGAGACGCAAGAAGAGAUCAAGGAGCGACUGAUCAACGAAGAGUACAAGACCUGGAAGAGGAACACUCCUUUCCUCUACGAUCUCGUCAUCAGCCACCUCCUUGAGUGGCCUUCCCUUACUGUCGAGUGGCUCCCCGACCGCGAGGAGCCUUCCGGGAAAAACUACUCCGUUCAGAAGAUGAUUCUCGGCACCCACACCCACGUGAACGAGGCUAAUUACCUCAUGCUGGCUCAGGUUCAGCUUCCCCUUGCCGACGCCGAGUACAACGAUGAGAGGGCCAAGUUUGGUUCCGCCACCGGCAAGGUGCAAGUUAUUAAGAAAAUAAAUCACGAAGGGGAGAUGAACCGAGCUCGCUACAUGCCUCAGAACCCUUUCAUGAUUGCUACCAAGACGGUUCGUGGGGAGGUGUAUGUGUUUGAUUACAGCAAGCACCCUUCUAAGCCAGCGCUUGAUGGUGCUUGCAACCCUGAUCUGAGGCUCAGAGGUCACAGCUCUGAAGGGUAUGGCCUGUCUUGGAGUACGCUCAAGCAGGGUCAUUUGCUCAGCGGCGCUAAUGACGCUCAGAUCUGCUUGUGGGAUAUUAACGCCUCUCCUAAGAACAAGACUCUUGACGCUCACCAGAUCUUUAAGGCUCAUGAAGGCGCUGUGGAAGAUGUUGCAUGGCAUCUGAGGCAUGAAUACCUGUUUGGAUCCGUUGGAGAGGAUCAGUAUUUUUUUAUAUGGGAUCUGCGUUCUCCGUCUGCCAGUAAACCAGUACAGUCUGUGGCUGCUCACUCCAGGGAGGUUAACUGCUUAGCCUUCAAUCCACUUAAUGAGUGGAUUGUGGCAACAGGGUCAACUGAUAAGACUGUUAAAGUAUUCGAUCUACGGAGGCUAAGCAGUGCUCUUCACUCACUUGAUGGCCAUAUAGAGGAGGUUUUCCAAGUUGGUUGGAGCCCGAAGAACGAGUCUAUCGUAGCCUCAAGUUGCCUCGGUAGAAGAAUUAUGGUUUGGGAUAUUAACAAGAUUGAUGAGGAGCAGACAGCAGAGGCUGCGGAGGACGGCCCACCAGAGCUGCUGUUUACACAUGGUGGUCACACCGCCAGAAUUUCAGAUUUCUCAUGGAACCCUUGUGACGAUUGGGUAAUUUCCAGUGUAUGUGAGGACAACAUACUCCAAAUAUGGCAAAUGGCUGAGACCAUAUAUCAUGGUGAGGAUGAUGCUCCAGGGGAAGAACCAUUAAGAGGUUCCUAGCUUUAUGGUUAGGUUCCUGUCUUGUUUUAUACAUCUCUUCUUUUGAUCUGCUCCCGUAUUUAUUGUAAUACAUCUCUUUCUUUGAUCUGCUCCCGUAUUUAGUGUAAGUUAUGUAAAAUUAGACAUGAGAUUCCUUGUGACAUGUUGGUUAAAAGA